AAACAGUAACACAGUAUAGACACAGACGCCUUUGUAAUGUGUCAGGUCUGUCUUGGUGCGGUACAGACUGCAAAUCGGCUGUAACACAAAUGAAGAAGAAGAACCGGAAGUGUCAUUUUUCUCCUGCUGGCGAUUGCUAAAGCUACGUUGGUGUCAUCGUCUUAUCGCUUUUGGGUUUGACAAUAGAAAUAACAGCCUUAUUUCGUGUCCAGUCACGGAUACCUGUUUUCACUGGGGUCUCUGGAGAGAUGAACAACAACGGGAAUAAGAGAGCUCCAACUACAGCCACUCAGCGCCUGAAGCAGGAUUACCUCAGGAUAAAGAAAGACCCUGUGCCUUACAUCUGUGCAGAACCUCUCCCCUCCAACAUCCUGGAAUGGCACUAUGUAGUCAGAGGUCCUGAGAAAACUCCAUAUGAAGGGGGAUAUUAUCAUGGAAAACUCGUAUUUCCCCGGGAAUUUCCUUUUAAACCACCAAGCAUCUAUAUGAUAACACCAAAUGGGAGAUUUAAGUGUAAUACAAGGUUAUGUUUGUCCAUCACAGACUUCCAUCCAGACACGUGGAACCCUGCGUGGUCUGUCUCCACCAUCCUCACAGGUCUGCUCAGCUUCAUGGUGGAGAAAGGCCCCACCCUUGGCAGCAUUGAGACCUCAGACUACACAAAAAGACAGCUGUCAGCCCAAAGCCUGGCCUUCAACCUCAAGGAUAAAGUGUUCUGUGAGCUGUUUCCUGAUGUAGUCGAUGAAAUGAAGCAGAAACAGAAGGCCCAGGAGGAGUUAAGCGCCCGCACUCAGCCUCUCCCCUUACCCGAUGUGGUGCCUGAUGGGGACCCUCAGCAGGCCCACUACGGCCUCCCUGCCCUCAACGGAGGGCCCGUCCCGCUCGGUGGCGCCAACCCCGCCCCCGGCCUGCAACAGGCCAAUCGCAACCAUGGACUUCUAGGUGGUGCUCUAGCCAACCUGUUUGUGAUUGUAGGCUUUGCAGCGUUCGCCUAUACAGUCAAGUACGUGCUGAGGAGCAUAGCCCAGGAGUGAGAGGAGCUGGUGUUGUAGGGUGGUGCUCCCCCCUGCAGGUGAGCCAACUUGUGGACUCCACAUUCUACAAACACACUACGUGGGGGAGGGAUGUUCAGUCCUGGGUUUAAACCCCUCCACGACCACCACCACCACAACCACCACCACCAUGGACUUUGGAAGACGGAAACUCAAAGCCGACCCACCCAGGGAGGAUAGAGAAGAGGGGGAGGUGGGGGAGUGGACGGGAGUGGCAGUAGGGCCGGGGGAUUGGAGGGGCUUAUUAAAACGGUUGUGAUCCACUCUGUGCUUCAGUGGUUUAUGUCUACAGUAGGAACAAACUUGGCUCAUGGGUUGUGGAAGAGUGUAGAGCUUAGGACAUGCAAACAGGUCAUAGUUUGUUGCACCAUGCUGGAGGCAACCACACAAAUAUGCUUUACUGAGGGGACCUUAAACGCAUCCUUGUUCUCCUGCACUCAUCACGAACAUUACUGAUAAAAGCUUCUUUCUGACACUAGUAGGUCAUUCUCAAAGCUCUGACCGGGUCACAUGCGCAGCAGGUAUUUCCUCUGCAGUGUUACCUGGUUGCUCAUCAGAUCAUUAGAGACUCCUCAGGCUGUGACUUGAUGUCAUUGCAGCUCCAAACAUUUUCAUAGUCAAAAAGGAGAAGCACAAAGGCCUGUCGUGUGUUUCUCAUAAUCAACAUCGUUCAUUUGAAGUGUCUUGAUCCGAACAACCUUUUUUUGGUAUUGGGAGUCACUCUUCCUAUUUAUGCAUUUCUGUUGAAGAGCACCAACACAUCCAGUUUAAUAACCUGAGGCUGCAGUUCUCUACAGCUGUCAGUUGUUUUCCUAAGAAAGUAAUGAUUUCCAGAUGAAAGACCACAGACUCAGAUGAUCGCUGUAUAGCUUAGUAGAGCUGCAAUGAUUCCUCAGUCAGUUGUCAACUGCUAAAUUAAUCGCCAACUAUUUUGAUAAUCAGUUUUAGUCAUUUUUAAGCGGGGGAGUCUAAAUUCUCUGAUUUCACCUUCUUAAAUGCAAAUAUUUUGUGGUUUCUUUAUUCCUCUUUGACAGUAAACUAAGUACCUUUUGAGUCGUGGCCAAAACAAGGACAUGUCAUCUCAGGCUUUGGGGAACACAGAUCAACAUUUUGCACCAUUUUAUAGACCAUGCAACUCGUCUAUUACUCGAGAAAAUGUAGUCACUUUUGAAAGAUUGGCAUGCCUACACUGUUUGAGGUUUCAUAAUGCCACAGGUAAUUUGGAACAAAUUGAAGUUCAUGGGAACUGUCUUAGAUCAUGUUGAGCAGGAAAUGGGAGCACAGGAAUAUUUAUGAUCUGAUUUCUGAACUUGAAAGGUCAGUAAAGUAAUCAGUGAAAAAUGUCAAAAGAGGAAACUACAGGUAAACAAAAAAGAAAACCAAUAUAUGCAACAACAACAAAAAAAAAGCGAAACCUAAUACAGGUUCCAAAAACAGUAUGAAACAAUGUGAUGCAAAUAGAAACUCGCACACUUGUCAGUACUUGUUAUGUGUGUCAUAGGGUCUAUUUUCUGCACCAUAGCUUACCCCUGAUGCAUAAAGUAGUCUUACAACAGAGUACUGAGAAGUACUUCUCUUUUUUAUAUAUCCAUGUUGAUAAAAAGCAUAAAAACACAAACCUGUUCUGGCGGUCUGUGAAGAGCUACUGAUACAGGGUCUGUUCUCAACUGUCAACCCAUGAGCCAAGCAGUGAACCCAGUGUCUGCACAGAAGUAAUUAGAGACCAGUACCUUUUUUAAAAAUUGGCUUAGCUGACCAGUAUAGCGCCACUCUAUAUAGGUCCAAGUAUGGAGACACGUGAAGAGAACCAACAUUUUGUUUCUGUAUAUUAUUUUUGACCAUUUUUUUUCUUGUGUUUCGUUCUCUUUAUUUAUAGAAACAGACUGGGCUAGUAAGGAAAACGUCUAUUGUUUGCAAAGCAGGGCAGUGCAGGCAAACAGGAUGACAGGCCAUGGCCCCGGGUUCACAUAAUUGCUGAUAAUUUACUGUUGUGCAUUGCAUUUAGUAAAGAUGGUUCUACUGUGUAUCUAAUGUUUCAACAGAACAAUGGUCUGAAAGCAGAAGAUUUGCCUUUUUGUUCUUUCUUGGCACCAUCUUUAAAAAAAAAAAAAAAAGAAAAAACAUACUGCUGAUGAUGGGAGUGCGAUUGUGUGAUUAUACAGCAAAUGCCCAAAUUUCCAUGCUUCAGUUAUUCUUGUGUGACAUUGUAUGUUUUCAUAGUAAAUGCAAAUAAAUUACCCUGCUUGGCAGGGCAUUUUA